CCUUUCGCUCGAGCAACCUUUUUUCUUCGCGGUCAAUUUCAUCCCCCGGGCGAAGUUAAAUAAAUAAAAGAGCAAAAGGGGGCGUUUUGUGUGUCUGUAUAUAUGAGCGUGAAGGAAAGAGAUGAAGAGAGUAAAAAAAAAGUUUGCGGACGAAGAAUGCGAGGUAUUUUGUUGGGGAAAAUGGGUUCGUGUUAUUACUCCCCCCGAAUGCUUACAUUUUCUAUGAGCAAAUAUAAAUGUAUUUUUUUUAAAGGGGAGGGAUUGGCCAGGAUGGAAGCUGUAAAGCAUUUAGAUGUGUGUUUCGUUCGUUCUCGGCUGAUGAUUAUAUCGCAUUUGCACACUCAUUUAAGUCCGAAAGGCUAUAAAUAGAAACGUGGAAUGGAUGCAGAAGCAGUUACGACCGCAGCACGGUGCAGCGAGCAUGGAUAAGCUUAAACGCGUCUUAAUCCUCUCGUUAAUUACGCAGCUGAUCACUGGGAUCAGGUGCGAUUGCGUGACGACGUUCGCGACGAUUUGCUCAACUGUGGACGAUGUUAAAACCCUUGGGAAUGAGGAGUGGACGGAACUUAUUGUAGGCGAAGAGAUGUGCGGGAAGAGGACCACAAUUGGUAGACCCAGGGAACAUCUGGCUGUUGAAACGUUCACGAAGUCGCCGAAUUUGCGGAUGCUUUAUUUGGUGGAGAAAGUGAGGAAUAUCGAAGUGGGAGCGUUUCAGACCGUCGGCAACUUGAACUACUUGAAGUUGUAUAAAAAUCUUAUUAAAGUUGCGGCGCUCGGAACCUUUUCUGGUUUCCGGCAUCUGGCGAUGCUCGACCUGCAGCACAAUUCCAUUGAAAACUUGGCUACCGGAUGCUUCGCGAAUUCGAGCAUCGAAAGUAUAGAUGUCUCGAACAACCUGAUUUCAUCCAUCGCAACCGGAGUUGUGGAUUUACCAGGUCUCUUGAGAUUAUCCAUUUCGCACAAUAGAUUAGUGCAUUUAGCUGAACGCUGCUUCAACGAGGAUUUGGAACAUUUAGAUUUAUCCUACAACUCGUUAUCGCACAUCGAUCUCGGAGUACUCAACGGUUUGAAGAACUUGAAGACAUUCAUCCUCAACCACAACAAGAUCAAAGCGAUAAUCCCAAUCCCAUUCUUGAAGAAGUUACAAAUUCUCGAUGUUUCAUCAAACGGCGUUCAACACAUAGAAGAUAAAGCCUUCACCGAUAACCUAGACCUCCAAGAAUUGUAUCUAAACAACAAUUCUAUCAAAUACGUAUCACACACAUCCUUCCCUACUCAAUCCAAUUUGAUCACUCUACAUCUACACAGGAAUCUUCUAACUCUUUUAACAGGAGAUUUAGGUAAUGCUUUACCAAAACUGAAACACAUCACGAUCGGCGGAAAUCCAUGGGCCUGCAGUUGUCUUACUAUAAUCCAAACCUACUUCAACAUGAAAGGUAUACAAUUCGAACAGUGCGAUUUAACGCAUCUCACUGAUGGCUUAAAUCCUGUUUGCUACGCAAGUGGAAGUCGCGAAUGUGUAGGAAACGAACACGUUGAAAUCUUGAAAGAGGACGUGUCCAGUUUUCAGAGCAGCUACAAGUGCACCUUCAAGCCAGCAGCUUUUAAUUAAACAUUAUGCAAUUCGAGCGGAACAAAUAACUUUAAUGGCCCCGUCAAAAACAUAGGUGCACAACAAUAAAAUCAAUUACCCGAAAACCUAGCUCUCUCUCCAAUUAACCAUUUACACUACAAACGUUUGCAUAAUAACAGAGCGCUUACAAUCCUUUCAUUAAAAGAAUCCACUAUUUUUAUCUCAUGUUAAUCUUUCAAAAAGUAUUCAAUUAAAUAGCUUUAUUUCGUAAUCUAAAGACUUAAUUCCCAUAAGAAAACAGACAAUACCAACUUUUCUUUCAUCUUAAUCUUUCAG